UUGUGAGAAUAAGAAAUUUGUUCAAAAUCCAUGUAUAUAGAAAAAAAAUACAUCAAGAAUAAUUUUGAUAGCUACUUCGAAUCCGAAAGAAGAGGUUAUGGCAAAAUACUUGAUACGAGUAAUUAUAAUGGGCUCGCAGAUCGUGGGCAAAGCGUUUGCCAGAGCAUUGCGACAAGAAAUUGCGGCAAGUCAAGAAGCCGCCCGCAGAGCAGGCGGUGGAACAAGAGGUGAUCAACAUGUAGCAGCCAAUUCUAGAACUGGAAUUUCUUUGGAUGAAUCUCUACGUAUCUUGAAUGUCGACCGAUUGGAUCAAACGGAAGCUAUAGAACGUAACUACAAGUAUCUUAUGGAUGUUAAUGACAGAUCUAGAGGUGGUUCUUUUUACAUUCAAUCUAAAGUAGUACGUGCCAAAGAACGUAUAGAUGAAGAGCUAAGAAAUCAGAAUGUCCCUCCAAAAACAAAUUCUAUGAAGGAACAUGCUGCUAAACAACCUUAAUUGCUGUUAUUAUAGUCUAAAUUUAAUUAUUGCAAUCGUGAAGUCUGUAUAUACAUCUUAAUGCCCAUAUUUUAAUUAUAAAUAGAUAGUACAAAAUAUGUAAUUAAA